AUGCUUGUCGCACUUGCGUACGCAGGAUUGCUGCAAGCGCACUCGCUGCGCCCGCCGCCAUGUGCCGCCGAUGUCAAGCUCUGCAAUGAUGGCAUGUGGAUGUAUCGUGACAUCAAGAACAAUUGCACGUUUGCAGCGUGUGCUGACGAGCCCGGUGGCCAAGUGCCGCUUGAGCACAAGCCAUCGCAAGCACCGGUGACGUAG